GCGGGGAGCAACCUCGGGGGGCCUGCCUGCCUCGCAUAGCUGCUCCCGGGACGCGGACUCUGGCUGCCUCUGCUCGCGGCCUUGCAAGCACCCGAGGCUCCCAAACUUCAUUGGGAAAGAUUUUUCUUCUCUUUGGGGUCACCAGUGACUUACUGGCCCAGAGGCCUUUGGGCCAAAGGCAGCCCCGCCGGUCCUUCUUUGAAUCCUUCAUCCGGACCCUCAUCAUCACGUGUGUGGCCCUGGCUGUGCUCCUGUCCUCCGUCUCCAUCUGUGAUGGGCACUGGCUCCUGGCUGAGGACCGCCUCUUCGGGCUCUGGCACUUCUGCACCACCACCAACCAGAGUGCGCCGAUCUGCUUCAGAGACCUGGGCCAGGCCCAUGUGCCCGGGCUGGCCGUGGGCAUGGGCCUGGCGCGCAGCGUGGGCGCCUUGGCCGUGGUGGUCGCCAUUUUUGGCCUGGAGCUCCUCAUGGUGUCCCAGUUGUGCGAGGACAAACAGUCACGGCGCAAGUGGGUCAUGGGUUCCAUCCUCCUCCUGGUCUCUUUCGUCCUCUCCUCCGGGGGGCUCCUGGGUUUUGUGAUCCUCCUCAGGAACCAAGUCACACUCAUCGGCUUCACCCUAAUGUUUUGGUGCGAAUUCACUGCCUCCUUCCUCUUCUUCCUGAACGCCAUCAGCGGCCUUCACAUCAACAGCAUCACCCAUCCCUGGGAACAACCAUGGAAAUUUUAGGCCCCCUCCAGGGACAUCAGAUUCUACAAGAAAGUGUGGUCAAAAUGGGACUUAUCCAGCAUGUGGCCUCUGGUGGGGCUGGGGUUGGACAAGGGCCUUGAAACGGCUGCCUCUUUGCCAAUAACUUGUGGGUGGUCAGCCAGAAAUGGCCAGGGGACCUCUGCAGCUGGUCUGCAGGGCCAGAGGCCAGGAGGGUGCCUCAGUGCCACCAACUGCACAGGCUUAGCCAGAUGUUGAUUUUAGAAGAAGAAAAAAACAUUUUAAGACUCCUUCUUGAAUUUUCUUCCCUGGAUUGGAAUAGAGUUGGAAGCAGCAGGGUAACUGGUACCUGAGCUAGCUGCACAGCCAAGGAUAGUUCAUGCCUGUUUCAUUGAUACAUGCUGGGACAGGGGCUGCAGAAUCCCUGGGGCUCCCAGGGUUGUUAAGAAUGGAUCAUUCUUCCAGCUAAGGGUCCAAUCAGUGCCUAGGACUUUCUUCCACCAGCUCAAAGGGCCUUCGUAUGUAUGUCCCUGGCUUCAGCUUUGGUCAUGCCAAAGAGGCAGAGUUCAGGAUUCCCUCAGAAUGCCCUGCACACAGUAGGUUUUCAAACCGUUUCACUCGGUUUGCCUCCCUGCCCUUUGUUUGAACCUUACAAAUCCUGGAUAACUCCAGCUUCUAGCAGCUGGCUGUCCCCUCUGGGAGCUCUGCCUAUCAGAACCCUACCUUAAGGUGGGUUUCCUUCCGGGAAGAGUUCUUGAGCAAGCCCUCCCAGGAGUGCCCACCUGACUGCUAAUACACAGCCCUCCCCAAGGCCCGUGUGUGCACGUAUCUAUCUUCUGUGAGGGUUAGACAGCCUUAGGGCACCAUUUUAAAUCCCAGAACACAUUUCAAAGAGCACGUAUCUAGACCUGCUGGACUCUGCAGGGGGUGAGGGGGAACAGCAAGAGCUUGGGUAAUGAUUAACACCCAUGCUGGGGAUGCAUGGAGGUGAAGGGGGCCAGGAACCAGUGGAGAUUUCCCUCCUUGCCAGCACAUCUGUACUUCUGUUCAUUAAAGUGCUCCCUUUCUAGUCCUUUUUCUGCCCAGAA